CCGGAAGAGAAGCGAAGGUCCUUUCCAGCCAUCUUGUGGCAUCUAGCAGCGAGAAGUUCGCACCGAGCCUCGUAGAAUCGGAGGAGAAUCCUGCUGAAGGGGCGCCAUCAUGCCCGGACAUCUGCAAGAAGGUUUCGGCUGCGUCGUAACCAAUCGGUUCGACCAGCUAUUUGAUGAUGAAGAGGAUCCGUUCGAGGUGUUAAAGCAGGCCGAGACCAAGAAGAAGGACGCGGGCGCUCCCGGGGCCGCCAAGAGCUCUGCGCAGGCGGCCAAGCAGCCCAAGAAGGAGUCUCAGAAGGAGAGGAGAGCUCCUCUUCUCGACAAGAAGGAGAAGGAAGAGAGCAGCGCUCCUGUUGCUCUAAAGAAAGAAGGAGUGAGGAGGAUGGGCCGGCGGCCGGAGCAGCAGGCUCAGCAGGGCUCUCAGCAGCAGCAGCACCACCACCACCAGCAGCCGCCACCGCAGCAGCACCAGCAGCAGCAAGGCAGGGGCGAGGGACAGGGUGAGGGUCGUCCCCAGGCAGAACGACGCACCGAGAGACGGCCACCACGCGAGCGCCGGCCUGAUAAACCCGCCGAGGAGAAGCCGGCCGAGGGCGGAGAGUCCUCUGCCGAAAAGGCCGUUCACGAUCGGCCGUUCCGAGGCCGCGGCGGUGGCCGAGGAGCCCGUGGAGGUCGGGGCAGAGGCAUGGGACGCAGCGACGGAUUUGACUCCCGCGGCAAGCGUGAAUUCGACAGGCACAGUGGCAGCGACCGGUCCAGCCUCAAACCAGAAGAGAAGCGUGGAGGAGGAGGAUCCCAUAACUGGGGCACUGUCAAGGAUGAACUGAGUGAGCUUGACCAAUCGAAUGUCACAGAGGAAACCCCUGAGGGAGAGGAGCACCCGCCCGCUGACUCUGAGAACAAGGAGAAUGAGGCUGAGGAGGUGAAAGAGGAAGGGGCUAAGGAGAUGACCUUGGACGAAUGGAAAGCCCAGCAGGACAAAGAGAGGUCUAAGGUGGAGUUCAACCUUCGCAAGGCCAAUGAAGGAGCUGACUGGAAGAAGGGAUACCUGCUGCACAAGUCCAAGGCCAAGGAUGCUCCAUUGGACGACGGCUCUGGUGAUCAUCACUUCCGCAAGCCCGCCAACGACAUCACGUCUCAGCUGGAGAUCAACUUCGGCGACCUGGGGCGCCCUGGACGUGGACGUGGAGGACCUCGUGGAGGAGGAAGAGGAGGAGCCCGUGGGGGUGGACCCACCAGAGCACCUCGUGAGCGCAGGCCUGAUAAGGCGAGCGGUGGAUCUGCCCCCGACGUGGACGACCCGGAGGCUUUCCCAGCUCUGGCUUAAGCUUCCCGACGGGUAGCUCCGAUCAGCCUGCCACUGAGCCUUCUUCCCCGGGCCCUUCGCUACGAGGCUUGCAUGCUAAUGGAUCCUUCAGCAGAUGAAAUGAUGGAAGACUGUCAUCCAUCCCACUCACCUCUUCUGGACUGAAUUUUACUUGUUUUAGAAAAAAAAGAGAAAACCUUACAAAAAAAAAUUUGAAAGGACUUCUUGCUACUCAGAAGCUAAUUAUCGGUAGAGGUUUUGUAUUCAGAAAAUAAGUAGCAGGGAUGGUUUCAUACAGUGUUUCUGCUUUUGGUUUUUCUUCAGACAUUAUGCAUUCUUCAUGGAUAUUUUUUUUUUGUAUUGCUGCUUUGCAGAUAUGCAUUUCCAAAUAUACGUGUGAAGUGUUGUUAGGCUGUGGUGCCCUUUGGCUGGUUUUAGCCUUGGACGCACUGCUAGGAAUCACUCAGCUGUUGUAAAGAAAGAUUUGGGUUAAAGACUUUAGCAACUUCUAAAGACUUAACAUUUGAUUUGUAGCUCAAGGCCAAAAAAUGAUUUGUACCUUAAUUUCCACUGAUGUUAAACUGUUCUUUUUUUUUUUUUUUUUUUGAAGCCAUUGUGAGAUUCAGUACAGUAAUGUGGUAUUUCAGUGGCUUUGGUUGCUCUGAUGACGACGAUGUGUUCACUCAUCGCAGUCUCCCUCACCGGUUUUCAAGUCGAGUUGGACGUGCACUCCUGUUCACCUGAACCUGUACCAGAAAUCAGUUAACCAAGUUAUUUAGUUUUGAGUUCAUUUCAAUUUAAGUUUUCUCUCUGUCCCAUUGCCUUUUUUUCCCUUCCAACAGCACUACUUUUGCAUAUGUUUUGAAAGAAAUCACAACUGUUCAGUGUGUAAACGCCGGCGUGCUAUGAAACUGUGUGAAUUCUAACCCUGCUAUUAUUCAGACCUCUGUCCAUAAUUAAAAGAUGGUCUAUUCA